CCUCUUCCCCGCCUCCUCCUCUCCUCUUUCCCAACUUCCUCUGCCAUCCUUCCCAGGCUCCUCUCCUCCUUUCUUUCUUUCUUUCUCCCUCAACCUCUCUGCCCUUCCUCCUUUCUCCUGAGGGGAAUCCAGAAGCCCCCUUUCUCUUUUGGGAGCCACUCUGCCUCAGCACAAGCCUUCCUGGCUGGACUCACUCCGCAUUCCACUUCGGAUUCAGAGAGUGUGGACAGAGGGCACUUUGCUUCUCCUUGGAGGACAACUCUUGUCUGAGGGGACUUUAGUCCUGCCCUCCAGUUCCUCUUUCUGCUCCUUCCUUGGAGAGAAUUCGGCUUCCACUUUGGGAAGAAGCCUGCACUCCGCUUCUGGUUCGGAGACAACUCCACUCUCGGCCUCCCAUUUGGAGAGACUUCUGCUUCCUAUUUGGGGUCUGCACUCAGGUUCACAUUUACUUGGGGGAGUCUGUUCUGCACUCAGCUCUCAGUUUGAGGACAACUCUGCUUCAUAUUUGGUUAAACUCCGCACUCCGCUUCAUAUUCGGAGAGACUUCUGCUCUGCACUCCACUUCAGUCCCAUUUUGGAGGAGACAUCUGCCCUCCAGUUCCUCUUUGGAGACAAUUCAACUUCCUAUUAGGUUUGGGGGAUAACUGCACUCCGCUCACAUUUGGUUUUGAGACAACUCUGCACUCUGCUUUCCAUUUGGAGAGAAUUCCACUUCUUAUUGGGGUCCGUGGUCCCUUUCACAGUCUCAGUUCCACACUCCACUUCCAGUUUGAGGACAACUCUGCUUCGCAUUUGGUUCAGAAACAGCUCCACGCUCCUCUUCCUAUUUGGAGAGAAUUCUGCUUCCAGGUUGGAGACAGCUCUGCACUCCGCUUCUCCUUUGGAGAGAAUUCCGCUUCCUAUUUGGGGGGUCUGCACUCCAUUUCGCAUUGAGUUGGGGAGCUCAGUUCUGCACUCCGCCUCAUGUUUGAGGACAACUGCUUCACAUUUGGCUUGGCCACAGGUCUGCACUCCGCUUCAUAUUGAAUCGGGAACAAUUGCACUCUGCUUUUUGUUUGAGGUUCCUCUUUGGAGACAUAUUUGGUUCAUAUUUGGUUUGGGAUAUAAGUCUGCACUCCGCUUCUUAUUUUUGCUUCCCAUUGCUUCAAUUCAAGGCCUUGUGUCUCGCCAGCCCCCCACCAUGCACCUGAGCACCCCUCCCCAGACGCAGGUGUACCCCUUUGAGCGCAUCGUGGUCUUAGUCUCCUGUGCCCUCUCCUUCCUGGGCUCUGGGCUCCUGGUGGGCACCCAUGCCCUGUGGCCAGAGCUUCGGACCCGUCCCCGCCAGCUCCUCCUCUACCUCUCCUUGGCUGACCUCCUCUCAGCUGCCUCUUACUUCUAUGGGGUCCUGAAGGACUUUGCCUCCUCGUCGUGGGACUGCGUCGCCCAGGGUGCUGUCUCCACCUUCGCCAACACCAGCUCCUUCUUCUGGACCAUGGCCAUUGCCCUCUACCUGUACCUCACCAUUGUCCAGGGCUCCCCCUCCAGCACAGCGCUCCUCUGCUUCUUCCACCUGGUGAGUUGGGGUGUCCCACUCAUCAUCACAGUGACAGCUGUCAGUCUAAAGAAGAUCGGCUACGAUGCCUCUGACGUCUCUGUCGGCUGGUGCUGGAUCGACAUCAGUACAGAGGACCAUGUCUUAUGGAUGCUCCUUGCGGGGAAGAUGUGGGAAAUCUUGGCCUAUGUGACUCUGCCCAUCUUCUACAUCCUCAUUAAGAAGCACAUCAACCGAGCGCAUGCCGCUCUUUCGGAGUACCGGCCGAUCUUGUCAAGGACCCGGACAUCUCAGCCCCGAACGUCGGUGGCGGAUAAGAAACUGAUCUUGAUCCCUGUUCUGUUUAUCUUCCUCCGCAUCUGGAGCACCAUCCGGUUCGUGCUGACGCUCUGCGGUUCUCCGGCGGUUCAGAAUCCGCUCUUGGUGGUCCUACAUGGCAUUGGGAACACGUUCCAAGGCGGCGCCAACUGCAUCAUGUUCGUCCUUUGCACGCGCGUGGUCCGGAACAAGCUCCUUUCCUCCUUGUGUUGCUGGCAACGCGAAAGCAUGGACGGCUCCCUGCAAAGUCCGGAGUCCCGCUCACUUUCUCGGGCUUCGUCCCUCAAAGACUGGGGGAUGCAAGACAGCGGCCGAGAGAGGUCUGAAUCUCCCAGCACCUGAACGCCGGAGCAUCUGUGUUGCAAUGGAAGAUGUGGCCUUACCUGGUCACAGUUUUACCUGUAAUGAAAAUGCUACAAAGGUGCCAGUUCGUUGAGGAAAAUGCAGCCAACGUUCGGAUCCUUCUCCAACAAAUACAACGACGCACUUGCGCGUCUUUGGAAUCCGGCUUUCUCAUUUCUCAGGGCGUUUUGGACGAUCUUCUAUGGACAUUUUCCAGCUUCUGUUUGUAAUUAUUUAAGUACUGGUUGUUGGGGUUUCGUUUGGGUUUUUCUCCCCCCCUUUCUUUUAGACAUUUGGAGCGAUUCUUAAAAUCUUUAGAAAAAGGCAUCUUGCAGGAUUGGGUGAGAAGUUUGAGGUUCGAUGUCUUGCGAGACAAAACUGGUGCAAAUGUGGGCUUCCAGAUGAUUUUUUGGAGUUGGAUUCCCAUCUCCAGCAUGCUCUGUUGAAGGAUGAUGGGUGUUGUAGCUCAACAAUAGUAAGAGACCCACCUGGAUCCUAUCAUGAAACUCCCCUAUAUAUGUGAAAUGGAGAACACUGAUGUUUGACUACAGGUAUGAUUUAGAUAUAGGUAGAAAAAUGUGAUACACUCCUUGCAGGAGGAGUAUACAAACCCACAUAUUAACAUGGAGAGCUUUGCAUCCAAACCUGUUUGCAUCCAAAUUUCAUCGGACAUGGAGCAAGACUGAGCCUGGAAUUUGCUUCUGUACCAACAAAACCAUACCCAAUGGAGAUCUCCUUUCUCCGUUUGGAGGGAAAAGGUGAUGCUUUUGGUCAUUUGUAUUGUUUUAUAUACAAGUUUAUGUGGGGCUGGGAGUGUGUGGAGGUGUCUGCAUGUCCUUUUUCAAACCAAGUCCCUGAAAGAAAUAGGCAGAGGCUUAUUUCAAGCUGCUCUGCUAAAUCUGUAUGGUUUUUCUAAGGAAUAAAAUGGAUGAAUGGCCUUCGAGAGCUUUAUGUUUCUGCUUUCUUUCCAUUGUCAUCAUCACAAUGGGGGUAAUUUCGGCAUUAAAGAGAGAUUGAAGCGCAUUUAAAGCGUCCCAUAAAGCAGAAAUGGCAAGUAAUUGUGCCAAUUGCGCAAUUGGGCAAAUAAAGCAUAGUCGCUGAAACCCCCAAAGUAAAAAGAGGCGCAUUGAUGCUCACUUCCCAGUGUGAUCAGGCAAAAGCAAACCGCUGUGCUGCAGCUUCUCCUAGCAUGUAUCAAUCAAUCAAUCAAUCAAUAUUUAUUGAUUAGCCCAUAGGCCAUCUCAAAGUACCACAAUACAAUUCUAUAGCAUGUGUGUUCUUCCUCAUUCAUGACUUUUGCCACCUUGACCACACGCCGAUGUUGCUUGGCCACACAUGUCCCAGCUUUUCACCUGCGAAAUGUGGGAAGGUUUGUAGCCUCCAGGAUUCAAGGCUCAUAUGUUAGAGAUGAUUUAAAUUGGGGAUGUCCAGGCAGGUAGCUCAAUCCCUGGAUCUCUGUGCAAGUGUGCAAGUGACUCUCUUACACUGGUAGUUAAACUACUACCUACUUUAUUCUGGUGC